AAAACAUACCCACCCAGUGUCCCCAGGAUGAAGAGAGGACUAGAGUUUCAGCAGGAGACAACAGGGAAAUGAAGUUGACAGUCAGGCUAGCUAGCUAGUUAGGUGACAGACGGUCAAGACGAGUUACCAAAUUUAGUUUCAACAUCACCGUUAUGACGCUCGUCCGAUUUACACACUUGUAACCGUUUUUGUUACGAAUUAGACUUAAAAAGCCACUGAUCCAAGAUAAGGAGACUCACAUUUAACGCAACUUACCCGUGAAACAGGAAAGUACAACAACUUGCUAGCCUGCUAGCUAACAUUUAGCCAGCAAGCUUCCUCCAACUUUAAAACUUCACAUCUCAUUCGAUCGCCAUGCCUUUUCCUUUUGGGAAAUCUCAGAAGAGUCCAGCAGAAAUAGUGAGGAGUUUAAAGGAAAAUGUUGCCUACAUGGAGAAGCUGGACGCUGGUGAAAGUAAAAAGUGUGAAAAGGUUGCAGAGGAAACUUCCAAAAAUCUAGCUUCCCUGAAGGAGGUACUCUGUGGGACAGGCGACAAGGAGCCUCAGACGGAAGCAGUGGCUCAGCUCGCACAGGAGCUGUACAACACGAACCUCCUCAUUUCACUCAUUGCAAAUCUGCAGAGGAUUGACUUCGAGGGGAAGAAGGAUGUGGUUAAUCUGUUCAGUAACAUUGUGAGACGACAGAUUGGCACUCGUACUCCCACGGUGGAAUACAUCUCAACGCACCAACAGAUCCUCUUCAUGCUUCUGAAAGGCUACGAGAGUGCAGAAGUGGCGCUGAACUGUGGAAUUAUGCUGAGGGAGUGUCUCCGCCACGAGCCAUUGGCGAGGACGAUACUCUUCUCUGAAGAGUUCUACUGUUUCUUCCGAUAUGUGGAACUCUCCACCUUCGACAUAGCCUCGGACGCUUUUGCAUCAUUCAAGGAUCUCCUCACAAGACACAAGCUCAUGUGUGCUGAUUUCUUAGAGACCAAUUAUGACCGAGUGUUUACAGAAUAUGAGAAGCUCCUGCAUUCUGAAAAUUAUGUCACCAAAAGACAGUCUUUGAAGCUCCUUGGAGAACUUCUGCUGGACAGACACAACUUCACCGUCAUGACAAAGUACAUCAGUCGAGCGGAGAACCUGAAGCUGAUGAUGAACAUGCUGAGGGAUAACAGUCGAAACAUUCAGUUUGAAGCCUUCCACGUCUUCAAGGUAUUUGUUGCAAACCCCAACAAGACUCAGCCGGUGCUGGACAUUCUUCUUAAGAACCAGGCCAAGCUGGUGGACUUCCUGAGCCAUUUCCAGACAGACAGAUCAGAGGAUGAGCAGUUCUGUGAUGAGAAAAACUAUCUGAUCAAGCAGAUCCGGGACUUGAAGAGGCCCACAGCGCUGGAGGAUGCUUGAAUCCUGUAGGAUGGAUGCUCCCAAAGGUGGUAGAUGCAGUGGUGGGGGUGGCAGCCAGCAUCUGAAGACAUCUUCUCUAAGGUUUAGUUUUUUGUUACACAAUAUAGGAACAAAGUAAAUAUGACUUCCUUCUGUUUUUAGUUUGGAUGGGAUUUACAUCCAGCAACCUGAGUGGGCCAAGAACUCUUCUAUAAAUCGUAGUGCUUCUUAAGCGUUGAACAGUCCAUCCUUGUAACGUUGGACCUUUAGCUGUUACUCUUCACAUUGAUGCCAGCAGAGACCUUUGAAAAUGACAACUUCACCAUGUCUGCAGCAGCAUGAGAUCUGGACAGAACCGAAACCUGAAAUCUGAUUUAUUGCCUUAGCGUUCAUCAUUUCUGGUGCCGAACGCAGCUGUUUUUGCCGUCACAGAGGUUGACCUUACCAGAGCAUGUGCAGACAUAGGAAGAGAAAAUCAAAACGACAGAGGAAUUCAUUGAUUGUGUUGCAUUUUUAGCCGGCGCUUGGUGAGGCUCACAUGUCUGAAAUAGAAACGGUGCAUCAGAUAGUGCUGCAGGGUGUAGCAGCCAUCCCUACGCAACCGGGACACGGGCACAAUAUUCCAAUUGAUCCUCAUGUUUACCAAGCAUAGACUGGCAAAGGAUUGUUAGGGUCACACUGAUAAACACAAGUAUAAGUAUUCCACAAGUAUAAAGCCAUUAAGUUAUGAAAAUAAAGUGGCAUAAUAUUCCGUUUAUGUCCAUCAUCAUCAACCACAAGGGGCAGAGAGAGUGCUGAUUUCAGAUUGUCGCAAUUUAAAUCUCAUAACAUUAACAUUACAAGUUGUGUACUUGAACUAUUAUAAUGUGACAUGGGUCUGGUUAGCAUGUGGUUAGCAUGUUUCGCCGAGUAUUCCAGUUUCCUCCCACAUUCCAAAAACAUGUUGGAUUAAUCGGCCACUCCAAAUUGUCCAUAGGUAUGAAUGUGAGUGUGAUUGGUUGUUUGUCUGUAUGUGCCCUGUGAUUGGCGGGCGACCAGUCCAGGGUGUGAUAGGCUCCAGCAUACAAAUCGCCGUAGAAAAUGGAUGGGUCUCAUAGUUACACUUUUUUCUUAGAUUUUUACAACUGUUUUCCAUUUCAGUGUGGCCCUUGUGUUUCUUUGUCGCCAUGCACCCUCCUUCGAACAGUUACCAAAAGCACUUCUCAGGCACGGCCCCUUUAAAGCAAAAAGCAGGAAAUAAUAUGUCAUUUUGACACAUAUACUAGUCAAACCAAAGUACCUUAUCUAAUUUAAGUCGUCAGUUAAUUUGUUAUAUAAACUAUUUUUUAUUAUGUUACUUGAUUCACACUAAUUGAGAUUAGAAAAAAAAUGAAUAUAAAAUAAUUAGUUGAAGUAUUUUAUUCGGAGAGAUGCCACAACAAAAUGCACAGGGUUUGUUGUCACAUGUCUUGGUGAUAUUUAGUUUGUUUUUUUUAAACAUUUAAGUAUGUGGUGGUAGUAGUAUUUGAUCCUGUGAUGCGACACAUAAGAGGGAGUAUGGUAGAAUAGAAUAAUGAGUUGUGGCUAUUUCGUCCGGUCAUCAUUUCAUCUGUUCAAUUCCCACAUUAUUUUUCUUUAGGUCUAAAAUGUCAAAUUUUAGGAUGCUUUUUGUGCGUGUGCAGUCCUCUAGCAUAUACCUCAAGGAUAUACAACUUAUGUUUUCUUGCUUUUCCUUGACAUUUCAGUUUCAGUGGUUUUGUAUACACGCAUAUGUUGUUUUUAUGUAUGGUCAAACUUGAACAGGGUUUUCUUGGCCGGAAACAUAUUGGGUGGUGCCACAUGAAUGUUACUUCAUAAUGAAUUGCAUCGUGGGAGCUCAUAAUGAAUUACGCCUUAUUUCAAGACAUUCAACAGAUUAUAGCUGUCAUCUUCAUUUCAAUAAUCACCCAUUUUAAAACCAAAGUCUGCGAAAGGGUAUUUGAGUUUCUACAUUUAUUAUUAGUUCUAUUCUAUUAGAUGUGUGUAUGCACAUCAAGCAUAAUUAUUAGCACCCAUAAAUCCAAAAAGUACAGCAUACAGUAUAUAGCCGUCUGCUUCAUCUCCAUUUUAGAUGCUAAGUGUAGUACAGUACAGUACAUUCCUCAGUUAUACAGCCACUCCAGCAUUUGGCACCUUAUAUUGUGCUAAGUUAGCAUUACAUGUUUAUAGAAUCCUACCUCCACUUGACCAUAGACAGUACAUCACUGGCAAUAUAAUAGAGACGUUGAAGUCCGUAGUUUUACAGUUAGCGCUUUGACUGUAUAUUUCCUUACUUUGACUCUUCAGUUGAAGUAUGUUUUCUAUUUGUUGCCUUCCCCCCCUAUUUAAUCAU